UUUAGGGGUCAGAUCGGAGUUUUAAUUACUGAUAGAAAGUGACGCGUGUCUGAGCGGUUUCUGCAGAAUAGCAAAGGCAAGAGACACACAAACAGGCACACAGCUCAUCUAUUCAGUGGAGUGACAAACCUUGCUUCUGAAAGCACUGCAAAAGCUAAGCAAGAGCUGCUGACAUUUCCGGCUCUCGAACGCGAUAUAUCGAAGCCCUUUAAAGGAUCCUUUUAUCAAAACCCAAUCCCAAGUACUGAGAACUCGUCAUCAAUGCUAAAGGACAGCGCCACCUCCACUCAGAAACCCUAAUUCAGUUGGUGUUAGGCUCUAGCAGAAGAGUGACGACUUUUCUUUUCUCUCUCUCUCUCGCUCUCCUGUCAGUUUUCGGAAGAGAGAGAGAGAUAAAAAGAGAAGGAAACCAAAGACUUGUUCUAGUAUUCUCAAGAAAGGUAUGAAAGCGGCAUGGAGGUGGACGAGAUUCACACGCAGCCUUGUAAGCUUUCGAGGUUCGAUAACGGUAGAAUCGAUUCCAACAAGAUAGGACGAAGGGCAUCAGGAGACCCGUACCAAGACGAUGAUGAAGACGAUGGAGAAGUUAGAGGUGGAGGAGGAAGAGGAGGCAUCAUCGGUGACGGAGGUGGAACUGAAACUGCCCGUCUGAGCACAUGGACUGGGUCUCGAAUUUUCAGGGUUUCUAGAGCAUCUGGCGGGAAGGAUCGCCACAGUAAGGUUUUAACGGCGAAGGGGCUCAGAGACCGAAGGGUUCGUCUCUCAGUCGCCACAGCUAUACAGUUCUACGAUCUUCAGGAUCGUCUGGGUUAUGAUCAGCCCAGCAAAGCCGUGGAGUGGCUGAUUAAAGCUGCCGAGGAUUCCAUUGCCGAGCUUCCUUCGCUUAACAGUACCUUUCCGGAGACCCCCAAGCCAAGCGAUGAAAGGAGGUCUAGUGCUUCGCAGACAAGGUUUGAUCCUGCUGAGCUCGAAUUAGAAACUGAACCCCCGUAUCAGCAGCAGCAACACAUGUCCUUGACGAAAUCCGGAGGGAGCAGCCCUUCAGAGACAAGUAAGGGUUCUGGUUUGUCUCUCUCCCGGACUGAAAUCCGUGUGAAAGCCAGAGAGCGUGCAAGGGAACGAGCAGCCAAGGAGAAGGAGAAAGACAAGGAGAAGGAGGAUGUUCAUGUUCAUCAGCACAAUCUGAACCCUAGUUCCCAGAGCGCGUCUUUCACCCAGCUACUCACUAGUGGUGGAGCUACUGGGGCUAGUGACAAUGGUAAUAGCCCCUCUGAAUCAGCCCACCCAGGUGGAUCAAAUUUUGUCCUCAAGACCACCAGGCAUUUGGCUUCGACGCCGAUGGAUUACUUUGGUGCUGGGAUUUUUGGCACAGCGUCAUCAAGAAACAGUCAUUCUUCUGGGUUUGCAGCUCCAACUCACUUUGGGAAUCCUCCUCAGCCGCACUCCAUGACAAUGCAAUCGCCUUUCGGUGUAACUGGCGAUCAUCACCAGGAGUUGCAGCAGUUUUCUUUCAUGCCAGAUCAUCUUAUCCCAGUAGCCACUGCGGCAGGAAAUGACUACAACUUGAAUUUCAGCAUCUCUUCCGGCCUUGGCGGUUUUAAUAGGGGGACCCUUCAGUCCAAUUCACCGUCUCCAUUGCCUCACCUUCAGAGGUUCUCUUCUCCCGUUGACGGACCAAGCCUACCGUUCUUCAUGGGGACUGCAGCUUCAGCUGCUGCUGCACCAGUGGAGAAUCAUCACUUUCCAUCUGGCGGGUUCGACGGGCGUCUGCAACUCUACUAUGAUGGGUGCAGGCAAUCAGACCUUAAGGGAAAAGGAAAGAACUGAAAUCCUGGAUGAGCAGAUGAUUCACUGCCCCGUCUCGGUUGCAAGCAAGUAUAUGAAGUGCUGUGGCGGACCAUGGAUGGAUGGAUGGAAUCCCUUUCCUGCCUCAGGCAAAAAAAAGACAACAAUAGUUUAUAUUCAGUUCCUGAAUUCUUACUUUAUUCAGCUCCCGUGAACUCCUGAUUUUAAUGCAUUUAUGCAUUGACGGUAUGUGUUUUGGUGAGGUACAACAUCUCACAGUAGACGAUUUCAAUUUCAAUUUGUUUCAUCUUCAAAA